UGGAGAGGGACAGGAAAGGUCAGAACACAAGCAGGGGUCUGUCUAAUCUGGCCCUCCUCCUCCUCUCCCCCCAUCCUGUUUACCUGCCUGAACUAUUUGAAAGGAGCUCUGUGUGCACUCAAGUAUGAGGCAAAGGGGGGGUAGGGAGAGUAGAAAAAGGAGACUGCCAUUGCUACGCCUCCUUUCUCUGGGACAACUUACAUGCAAAAGGGGUUCAAAAAGCCCACAGGACGUCCACCACCGGAUCAUCAGGUGUUUUUUCACAUACAGUCCAGAUAUGCAUUGCAAGCUCUGGCUCGCUCUGUCAGUGUGCCUCUUGUUGCCAACCUCUGACGCUGGAAGGCAGAUGCCCAAACUGUCUGCCAAGAAACUCUGUGCCGACUCUGAAUGCAGCCAUCCUAUCUUGAUGGCUCGUGCCCUGCAGGACUACUACCCUGGAGACUGCAGGUUCAUCCCCAUCAGACAAGGGCAGCUCAUCUAUGUCUACGCAAUGCUAAAGGACAGAGGGAACCUCUUCUGGGCCGGCAGUGUCCAAGACUCCUAUUACGGACAGCAGGAGGCUCGCAUUGGCCACUUCCCCAGCAGCGUGGUGGAGGAGACGCAUCCUCUCAUGCCAGCCACCACUGAAGUCAAGACUACGGAGUGGGACUUCUACUGUAACUGAGAAAAAAAGAAAGCAACCGUCUUGUCAGGGACAUGUUGGCAUCAUAUGAUCAUACACGCAUUGUUAACAAUAUAUAUGUAGGUUUGUGUAUCCACUGUUAACAAUCUGCACCUUAGAGGAUAUGGGUAGCAGCUCUUCACACAGCAAUGCAUGGUCAUUAGGCUGCCGAGGGAGGAAACAUAGCUGCUUGAAGCUCUAUUUUUGUCUGUUUUACUGGUAUUAGUAGUAGUUGACAGGGAGUAAAAGAGGGUGUUAAAGUGUAAAUGUGAGUUGUGCAUGUCUUUUCUCUGAAUCACACUUUUUGUACACCAGUUACUAAUUUUUUUGAGGUGAUUGUGUGUCACAGAUGAAAUAUUGUUGUAUUCACCGAGCAGUGUCAUCUGAUUUCUGCUUUCUGUUGCAUAGAAAAAUCACUGAUGCAGUAAUGUAACAAACAAGCACUAUUAAAACACAUUAGAAUUAAAAAAAAUUCUGAAAGAAAACUAUUUUCAUGUUUGAUAACCGUAAAUAAAUUGCA